AUGACGGCGCUUCUCACUGCCGUGUUGGCCCUCCUGCUCGCAGCCCCGCAGGUCGCUGCCGGUGACGGCGGGCCGGUUCACCUUCAGCUCCUGCCGUCGCGGAAUUUGGCCCGGCUCCAUCCCGAAGACGUCUCGAAAGCGCAAGCCCUGCGACGCGACAUCAUCUUCCGCGACUUCGAGCGUCCCGGGAAUUGGAAGCGCCAGACGGGCAAGUCAGACUGGGUAGUUGCGAACAGGGCGAACAGCCGGUACUCGGUCCUGAUGGCGUUUGGCCGUCUGGGCGAUAAGGAGAUGGACGUGCUGAUCCCGGGCUACAGGACGCCCCCACAGGACUUCCUUAUAGAUAUCGAUACGGGCAGCUCAGAGCUCUGGGUGUACGACAACUCGUGCACGGCUGUCAAAUGCGGUGCCCAUUCAAGUGGGUUCGAUGCAAGCAAGUCUUCGACAUACAAGGACGCCGGGGUCCUGGGCGAGGUUCAAUACGUUAGCUCGUAUUGUCGUGGUCCAGCUGGCUACGACACAAUCGGGAUUACCAACGGUCUCACCGGGUCGCAGCGCUCGACUGUCACGGUCAAUCAGCAACUCUUCUGUUAG